AUGAUGAUCUCUUCGCAGGUACUGGUGCACGCUCAGAGACGACUGGCAAGUGUGAGUGAUAAAAGACUUUACUGGCUGAAAGAGCAGUAUCUUAAGCUGUAUUUCGAGGAUGAAGCCUGCAGUGGUCCCAAGCCUGCUGAAGCUAUUAAGAUCUUUGGUGGAAGAAAUUGGGUUACAUCUACUGCUGGCAGCAUGUCUCCACAAGACCCGGUAGCUGGCAAGAGGAGUUCAGGCUCAACUAGGUUAAAGAAACUAAAAUCCCAAGCAACCAUUAAUGUUGCAAAGGAUGGUACAAAAAUUCCUGAUGAAUCUAGAAUGGCGCCAUCUCCAGUUCUUUCCACUAGCAGCCGGCGUACAAUUGUUCCUCCUGUUCAUUCAUCUCCACCUCGUUCACGUUCGUGUGAAGCUACCUCUGAACAUUUAAUUGGUCCGGUUACUUAUGCACCUGUUAUUCACUCUCCGGCUGUCCCCAGAGCUUCGUAUGAUAUUGCUACUGGCUUACCUUCCCCUCCACAACAAGCAAUUGGUUAUAGAGAACGUAGUCGAUCUAGUGGAGCGGGAGAAUUCAUGGCUCCUGCACCUCGAGGAUUCCGAGGCGAGUCAAUCACACAAGCUGCUGAACUGGACUUCACAGAUUUUGUGGUGCUCUACAAAUCAUUUAGCUUGAGGGCAAGGAAGGAUCUCAGAGAUGUAUUUAAAACCUUAGCUGUGACGCGUAAGAGUCUUUCCGAUAGUUCCCUUGAUGAUCCUACCAGCCCAGCCUCACCUCCCAGCCCUGGCCACAGGACUCCCCUUGCUAAACCAACACUUGGUCUGCUCACCAGAAAUACCUCAUUGGAUCUUCUUGUCUUCAGAAAUAAUUGCCAAAAGAAAAAGAUUUUCGAUGCCAUUGCAGCAGCAAGUAUCGUCACCAAUUGUGCCGGUGUGGAAAGCUCAAAGAGUCAGGUAAGGUUAUAUCAAACACUACUCUCUCUCUCUCCCCUCCAUUUAUAGGGAAUACUUUGUUUUGAUUAUUUUCGACCACUGUCAGCCUCAGAGUCAUCUCUGAAUUACCAGACCCUGCCACGUGGAGGCAGGUGAUUCGUCUUUAACGUCCAAAUAGUAUAUGCGUUCUCCCAUAUAUACAUGUAACAGUGAUUAUGUAUGAGUG